UUUUAGAACGUGUGUGAGCUGAAAUUUGGCCGUAACCUCCAAAGAUGAACAUUUCGUUUGGGAAAAGAUGUCCCGCUAAUUCACGGCGCCAUUUUGACGACUCUCCAAAUGCUCCUGGCAGGAUAGGCGCAAAGCACUUAACGGGAAAUGACAUCACCGCCUCAUCCGCCGUGUCACUUCCUGCCGAGCUCAGAUUGCAUCAACGUGCCGCUACCAAAUCUACCGAUCCGUGUUCCGCCACAGUUUACCAGAGACCUUCUGGAGUCUUCUCGAGACGCAUAAGACCAACCAUACUACAGGAUAGACUCAUCGGAGUCCUCCAGAGCCGUUCAGAGACCCACCAGAAUCCCACCGAAGUUCUCAAGAGACCCCUCAGAAUCCUGGAAAACAAACCUGCCUUCUUGAUAAAAUUUCAUCCAGAUUUUCAAGCAGAAAACCAGCAAAGCCAAGGGUUACCACCAGAACCAGACCUGGAUUUGACGAUGGAAGAGGAUAAUGAUUCACAUCGACCUUCACCCGUUCAGACUCCUCCUCCUUCCCUGAACACCCAUCAGCCUUCUACCCCUGCUCAGCUGGACCCUCAGAACACUCCUUCUGUUGCGCACCUGGACUGCUCGCUUCCUGUUCACCUGGACCCCCAUCAGAUCCCUCCUCUUGGUCACCUGGGCGACCUUCAGAAUGCUGCUUCUGCUUACUUGGACCCCAGUCAGAGUUCUACUCACAUGGACCCCCAUCAAGCUCCUUCACCUGCUCACCUGAACUCCCAACUUCCUGCUCACCAGGACCCCAAUCAGGCUCCCCUUCUUGCUCACCCGGACCUUCAGCAGACUCCUACCACUGCUCACCGAGACCUCGAGCCUCCUGUUCACCCAGACCCCAAUCAGACCUCUGCUCACCUUGAACCCCAGCUUCCUGCUCACUUGGACCUCCCUCAGACUCUUACUGACCCGAACCCCCAUCAGACUUUUACCUCUGCUCUCCCAUACCCCCACAAGACUCCUGCCCCUGCUCACAAUGAACCCCCGCCUCCUGCUGAACUUGACCAUCAGCAGGCGUUUCUUCCUGCUCACCUGGACCCUCAUCCGGCUCCUCAUCCUGCUCACUUGGACCUCCCUCAGACUCCGACUCUUACUGACCUGGACCCCCAUCAGAUUUCUACCUCUGCUCACCUAGAUCCUCAGCAGACUCAUACGCCUGUUCACCUAGACUACCCUGCUUGCCUGGACCCCUGUAAGACUCCUCCCAUAGCUCACCUUGACCUUCAGCCUUCCAUUCAACUAAACCACUGUCAGACUCCUCCACCUGCUCACUUGGACCCUCAUCAGGCUCCCGUCACCGCUCAACUGGACCCCUACAACAACCCUACCCCUGCUCACCCAGACCCCAAUCAGACGCUAGUGCUUGCUCACCCGGACCUCAUUCAAGCUUCUCCACUUGUUCACCUUGACCCCCAACUGGCUCCUCUUUCUUCUCACCUGGACCUCCAUCCCACUCCUACCCCUGCACAGACUCCUCCACCUGCCCAUCUUGAUGACCCCCAUCAGGCUCCUCCACCCGCUCACCUGGCCCCCCAUCAGAUUCCUCUUCCUGUUCACUCGGACUUUCCAGGUAGUUCUGAAGAGCCCAAACUUUGCGGUUUCCUGCAAAAGCAGGGGGGCCCUCUGCGGGCCUGGAAGCGGCGCUGGUUCACCUAUGAGGAGAAGCAGAACCAGAUGUUCUACUACCGCACCCCUCAGGACGUGACUCCGCUGGGCCGGGUGGACCUCAGCUCCGCCACCUUCACCUACCCGCUCAAAGCCGAGAUGGGCACCUUCCACAUCGAGACGCCCGAGCGUACCUACACGUUAAAAGCGGUGACGCAAGAUCUGAUGCUGUACUGGCUGCAGCAGCUGCAGCUCAAACGCUGGCAACACCGACAAAACCAGACAAACGCCUGCCCCGAUGCCACGAGCGCAGAUGACUUCCUGCCCAUGCUGAAGAGUCCCGCAGGACUGGUGGGGGAGGAGGCCGCCAGCGAGUCGCCUCAAAGGACGCCGCUCGCCAACAUGUCCAUCAAACAUCCUUUCAUCCAGAUCCAGAACACGGUCCACAGUUUUCGGAAGAGGUCAUCUCAAGAGUGGCCCCAAAGUGUCUUCUACGUGCAAGCUCCAGCCGGAGGGGCCUCCGCCGCCAAUGGCACCGCUACCGCAUCGAUGCCUCCUGCCGGGCUGGUCGGACGAGCGGCGGAGGAUGGAGCCGGCGGAGCUCCGCUGGAUUCUCCACGGAGGAGGAAGAAUUUGAGCUCCUCGACGAGGACGGCGGCCAUGUCCUCGGAGACCGUGUCCCGUCUCCGGCGGGACAAGGAGAUGCUGACGGAGGAAGUUAAAGCUCAGAAGGAGCUCGUGUGGCUCCUCCACAAAACCUUGGAGGCGGCCCAGCGAGAAAAACGAACGUGCGCGGACUUUAUGGCGGCGGAGGGCGAGCAGGAACGGCUGGAACUCCUGCGGCAUCGUGAGCGCCAGGCGGCCGACCUGCUCGGACGCGUCGAGCGAGCGCAGGCGGCGGCGGAGGCUACCAGACGCGAUCUGGACCAGAGAGACCUGCAGGUGGCGCAAUUGCAGGACGAGAUCAGGAAGCUGACCGAGGAGAACCGAGCCAAGCGGGAGGUGAUCAUCAAGCUGUCGGAGCACGUGGCCGCAUGCGUGUCCGCUCCACCGAGUUGGACCGCACCCACCUGCGCUCCGGACUCGCUCAGACAACUCAAGCAGCGCGUGGAGGACCUGAAGGACGACAUCGAGGCCUACAAGACGCAGAACCAGUUUCUCAACUCUGAGAUCUUCCAGCUAACCAAACUGUGGAGGAAGAGCUCGGAGCAGGAGCGAAGUCUGAUGGUCAAGUGCGCCUACCUGGAGGCGUGGCAGUGCCAGGCCGAGAGUCGCUACCUGGGAGUUUUGCGGAAGCUCCAGGAGAACAGAAGUCUGGAUCCGGACCAACAGCGGACGAUUCAAAAGAUGGUAGAGGACGCUCUGCAGGGGCAGGCCAAGAACAUCAAAGCCUCCACAAACAGCCUCCAUGACGAGUACGGAUUCAAGAUCGUCCCCGACUACGAGGUUGAAGACGUGAAGCUUCUGGCCAAGAUACAAGCGCUGGAGAUCCGCUCGCAUAACCUGCUGCGACAGGAGGGUCGAGAGCGCCUCCUAUUGAGCCGCUGGGCUCAGUACCUUGCCGGCAGGUCCGAUGAUGACUUUUGCCCUUCGCCAGAACUCAAAGGUCUUCUACGGGCCGGCGUCCCUCCAGAGUACCGGCAGCGCGUCUGGCGCUGCUUGGUCCGAAUCAGGACCAGGGUUGCCAGAGAGCGCCACCCGCAGCGAUACCAGGAGUUGUGUGACAAGAGUCACACGUGUCCUCAUCCCGCCUCCAGGCAGAUCCAGUUGGACCUUCACCGAACCCUAACCAGCAACCGCAAUUUCUCCUCCCCGUCUAGCCCCGCCCACCAGCAGCUGCAGCGCAUCCUAUUGGCCUUCUCUUGGCAGAAUCCUUCCAUCGGCUACUGCCAGGGUCUCAACAGGUUGGCUGCCAUUGCUCUUCUGGUCCUCCAGAGUGAGGAGGACGCCUUUUGGUGCGUGGUGGCCGUGGUGGAUGCCAUCAUGCCUCAGGACUACUACACCAAGAACCUGCUGGCUGCGCAGGCGGACCAGCAUGUCCUGAAGGACUUCCUGGUGGAGAAGCUUCCUCGACUGGCGGCCCACUUUGACCUUCACGGCACUGACGUGUCUCUGGUCUCCUUCAACUGGUUCCUGGUGGUUUUUGUGGAGAGUCUUCCCAGUGAUAUCCUGCUGCCUCUCUGGGAUGCCUUUUUGUACGAGGGCACCAAGGUGAUGUUCAGGUACGCUUUGGCUCUCUUCAAAUACAAAGAAGACGACAUCCUGAAGAUCCACGACAGCGUGGACAUCUACCAGUACCUUCGCUUCUUUACCAAGACCAUCACAGAUGCCAGGAAGCUGAUGGGAAUGGCCUUCGCCGACAUGAACCCGUUCCCCGGCCGCCUGCUGAAGAACCGACGGGCGCUUCAUCUGGAACGCUUGCAAAGGGAACUGCGAGAGCUGGAGGAGCAGCAGAAGGCCUUUGCGGCGCUCAGCGGCGACUGCUCGCAGCAGCAGGACAACCAGAUGGACAAUGUGGCCAGCGAGGAUGACGAGGAGAUGAGUUAAAGACAAUAUUUUCUCUUUCAUACAGCACAUUUUCUUUUGCUGUGUAUAAAAUGUUCGAGGUGAGGCAGACAAAGAGGGCAGCCACACCAAAGGGGGCGUACGAGAGCCCGCGGGUUCUUCUUCUCGGUAUACACCUGGCUAGCUAGCCGUUAGCUUGGUAGUCAUGUUCACUUUGAAUU